AUGUCUCUCAAAUCUUUGGUCGCCUUCGCCGGUCUAUUCUCGACCUCCGUCGGCUCUCUCCUUCAGUCCGAUGGCAGCCAGAGACCUCUCAUCUCGCCGGCUUCCUCGCGUAAACCCAACAUCGUCUUCAUCCUCACCGACGACCAGGACCUGCACAUGAACUCUCUGGACUAUGUACCUCUCAUCAAGAAACACUUGAUCGAUCAAGGAACUCUUUACAAGCGGCACUUUUGCACAACAGCUGUCUGCUGUCCGUCCAGAGUUACUCUCUGGACCGGCAAAGCUGCUCACAACACCAAUGUCACUGAUAUCUUCCCACCGUACGGUGGAUAUCCCAAGUUCGUAGCCGAGGGGCAUAACGAAAACUACUUGCCCUUGUUCCUCCAAAAUGCAGGCUACAACACUUACUACACCGGCAAGCUGUUCAACGCGCACACCGUGGACAACUACGACAGUCCCCAUGCUGCCGGAUGGACUGGAUCCGACUUCUUGCUGGACCCCUUCACAUACUCCUACUUGAACGCCACCUUUCAACGGGACAAAGAUGCACCCGUCAGCCAUGAAGGUGACUACAGCACAGACGUGCUUGCCGGCAAGGCUCUCGGCUUCCUCGACGAUGCGGUCGCGGCUGACAAGCCAUUCUUCCUCGGCAUCGCGCCUGUUGCCCCUCACUCAAAUGUCCAAUCCAAUGUCAUUGACGACGGCAGCAACCACAACCCAAAAGGCAUCAUUGCCACGCCGCCCAUCCCUGCAGAAAGACAUGCCCAUCUCUUCCCCGAUGCCGUUGUGCCUCGCACCGAUAACUUUAACCCUGAUAAGGAAUCAGGCGCCAACUGGGUGAGGAAGCAGCCUAAGCAGAGCGAGGAGAACGUCGCUUUCAACGAUCACUUCUACCGCAACCGACUUCGGGCUCUACAGGCCGUUGAUGAAUUGGUUGAUUCCGUCGUUGCCAAACUGGAAGAAUAUGGUAUCCUUGACGAAACGUAUAUCUUCUACACAACUGACAACGGCUACCACAUCGGCCAUCACCGUCUUCAGCCCGGGAAGGAGUGUGGAUAUGAAGAGGAUAUUAACAUCCCCCUCAUUGUCCGCGGACCUCAUGUCCCCGAAGGCAAGGUCGCUGAGAUCGUGACUACCCAUCAAGAUCUAGUGCCGACUAUUCUCGGUCUUGCGCAGGCUCCUAUCCAUGCCGAUUUUGACGGCCUCGCUAUUCCGCUGACCGAGGGUGACUUUGCCGACGCCACCAAGACGCGGCAUGAGCACGUCACAGUCGAGUACUGGGGUUUUGCCGCAUCUGAAGGACCGUGGGGUUAUUUCGGUAGGAACGAUUCGUUUGUGUUUAACAACACCUACAAGGCUCUUCGUGUUGUGUCGAAUGAGUACAACCUGUACUAUUCCGUGUGGUGCAACAACGAACACGAGUUAUACGACCUUAACUCCGACCCCGGUCAACUGAACAAUCUCCUCCAUGAGGAAUCAACAGCCACCUCCAUCUUUGGCUUCUCUAUAAGCAAGGUCGUUUCUCGCCUCGACUCUCUGUUGUUAGUGACCAAGUCUUGCAAAGGCUCCGUGUGCACCCACCCGUGGCGCGCACUGCACCCACAAGGCAACGUUGACACCCUGCGGGAUGCGCUGUCGCCUCGGUUCGACGCCUUUUAUGAGCAGCAGCAGGUCAAGGUGGAGUACUCUCGCUGCGAGAUGGGCUAUCUGAUUGAUGCCGAGGGACCGCAAUUUGAACAGGACGGACUUGUUUACUGGAAAGGUCUCAACUGGGGUGACUGGGUUUAA